AUUAGCAACCAGGGAGAUUUCUCCAUUUUCCUCUUGUCUACAGUGUGGCUACAAAUCUGGGAUUUUUUUAUUACUUCGGUUUUUUUUUUUUUAAACUACAUUUGGGCUCCUUUUUUUUGUGCUCGACGUUUCCAUCCUUUCUCCCUCCCUCCUGCGCUGCUGCUUUUUGAGCUCUUCAACUAAAAUUUUUUAUCCGGAGUGUAUUUAAUCGGUUCUGUUCUGUCCUCUUCACCACCCCCACUCCCCCCUCCCUCCGGUGUGUGUGCUGCUGCUGCCGCCGCUGCUGCUGCCGCCGCUGCUGCUCACCCUGUCGUUACAUCAACCCGAGGUUCUUUGUUCCCCCCUUUGGAUCUGUUGAGUUUCUUUGUUGAAGAAGCCAGCAUGGGUGCCCAGUUCUCCAAGACCGCUGCAAAGGGAGAAGCCGCCGCGGAAAGGCCGGGGGAGGCGGCUGUGGCCUCGUCGCCUUCCAAAGCGAAUGGGCAGGAGAACGGCCACGUGAAAGUCAACGGCGACGCUUCGCCUGCGGCCGCCGAGCCGGGCGCCAAGGAGGAGCUGCAGGCCAACGGCAGCGCCCCAGCCGCCGACAAAGAGGAGCCUGCGGCCGCCGGGAGCGGGGCGGCGUCGCCCGCCGAGGCCGAAAAAGAGGAGCCCGCGGCGGCCGCCGAGGCUGCGGCCGGCCCCGCGGAGAAGGAGGCCCCCGCGGAGGGCGAGGCCACCGAGCCGGGGUCGCCCACGGCCGCGGAGGGUGAGGCCGCAUCGGCCGCCUCCUCCACGUCUUCGCCCAAGGCCGAGGACGGAGCCACGCCCUCGCCCAGCAACGAGACCCCGAAAAAAAAAAAGAAGAGGUUUUCCUUCAAGAAGUCUUUCAAGUUGAGCGGCUUCUCCUUCAAGAAGAAUAAGAAGGAAGCGGGAGAGGGCGGUGAGGCCGAGGGCGCAGCUGGCGCCUCUGCCGACGGCGGCAAGGACGAGGCCGCCGGGGGCGCCGCAGCCGCCGCCGCCACCGAGGCGGGCGCGGCCUCCGGGGAGCAGGCAGCGGCGCCGGGCGAACAGGCCGCCGCGGGCGAGGAGGGGGCGGCGGCGGGCGGCGACCCUCAAGAGGCCAAGGCCGAGGAGGCCGCGGUCGCGCCGGAGAAGCCACCCUCCAGCGAGGAGAUCAAGGCCGCCGAGGAGCCCAACAAGGCGGAGGAGAAGACCGAGGAGCCCGGGGCCAGCGCUGCCGCCUCCGAGGCGCCCUCGGCCGCCGAGGCCGGCGCGCCCCCGGAGCAGGAGGCGGUCCCCGCGGAGGAGCCUGCGGCCGCAGUCGCCUCACCAGCCAGCGCCGCCCCCUCACAGGAGGCCCAGCCCGAGUCCAGUCCAGAAGCCCCCCCAGCGGAGGCGGCCGAGUAAAGAAGGCAAGAUUUUUUGAGAUAAUCGAAGAACUUUUUCUCCCCCCGUUUGUUUGUUGGAGUGGUGCCAGGUACUGGUUUUGGAGAACUUGUCUACAACCAGGGAUUGAUUUUAAAGAUGUCUUUUUUUUUAUUUUACAUUUUUUUAGCAGCAAAUUUUGUUGUUUUUUUCCCCCUCCCCACAGAUCCCAUCUCAAAUCAUUCUGUUACCACCAUUCCAACAGGUCGAGGAGAGCUUAAAACCUUCCUCUGCCUUGUUUCUUUUAUUUUUUAUUUUUUAUUUUUUUUGCAUCAGUAUUAAUGUUUUUGCAUACUUUGCAUCUUUAUUCAAAAAUGUAAACUUUCUUUGUCAAUCUAUGGACAUGCCCAUAUAUGAAGGAGAUGGGUGGGUCAAAAAGGGAUAUCAAAUGAAGUGAUAGGGGCCACGAUGGGGAAAUUUAAGUGGUGCAUAAUAUUGCCAAGAUAAUGUACCACUAGAAAUGAUGGUGUAAAGGCUAGACUUUUUUUUUUUUAAAGAAAAGUUAUUACAAUGUAUUUUGUGAGGCAGGUUUACAACACUACAAGUCUUGACUAAGAAGGAAAGAGGAAAAAAAAAACACCAAUACCCAGAUUAAAAAAAAAAAAUCAUAGUUUUAGGAGUUCAUUUAAACCAUAGGAACUUUUCACUUAUCUCAUGUUAGCUGUACCAGUCAGUGAUUAAGUAGAACUACAAGUUGUAUAGGCUUUAUUGUUUAUUGCUGGUUUAUGACCUUAAUAAAGUGUAAUUAUGUAUUACCAGCAGGGUGUUUUUAACUGUGACUAUUGUAUAAAAACAAAUCUUGAUAUCCAGAAGCACAUGAAGCUUGCAACUUUCCACCCUGCCCAUUUUUGUAAAACUGCAGUCAUCUUGGACCUUUUAAACACAAAUUUUAAACUCAACCAAGCUGUGAUAAGUGGAAUGGUUACUGUUUAUACUGUGGUAUGUUUUUGAUUACAGCAGACAAUGCUUUCUUUUCCAGUCGUCUUUGAGAAUAAAGGAAAAAAACUUUCAGAUGCAAUGGUUUUGUGUAGCAUCUUGUCUAUCAUGUUUUGUAAAUACUGGAGAAGCUUUGACCAAUUUGACUUAGAGAUGGAAUGUAACUUUGCUUACAAAAAUUGCUAUUAAACUCCUGCUUAAGGUGUUCUAAUUUUCUGUGAGCACACUAAAAGCGAAAAAUAAAUGUGAAUAAAAUGUACAAAUUUGUUGUGUUUCUUUAUAUUCUGAUAAUACUGAGACUUAACAGGUCAGGCUAAUUUAGAGAAAGAUCUUGCAUGCCAUCCAGAGUAAAUUUUGGUUUUUGAUCUGAAGUUUUUCAACUCUGAAUUUCAUAAUCUGUAGUGUCAGAUUACAUAUAGGAACCUCUUAUAACAUUCCUUGUCAAAUCGGUUAUCAUAUAUCCUGUUCAUUUAAAAAUUGAAUAUAAUAUUUUUAUUGUAGUUAUAUAGCAUGUCAGAUUGAAUCAUUUAAGACAAAAUUGGUGUGACCCUAAGACUAAUUCACUGCCUUAUGUGAAAAUUUCAUGAAACUGUAUUUUUUUGUCGUGCUGCUCCAAAAACUUAAAUUUUAUACUGAGAGUCUGAGUCCAAACUGCAGAUGGGUCAUGAAAACUGGCCGAAUGUGUUUCAAAAGUUGAUUGUGUAGUACCUGCUACUGUAAUUGCAUAGACCUCGUCUAAUUUCCAAAUUAUUGCUUAGAUUGUGUGUAAUACCUUAGUAAAACAAGCUUGAGUAAAGAGGUGAUGGUGUUGAAUGGAGGACAUUGUCAGUUUUGGGGCCUUUAGCAUCUUUUACUCAAAGGAAAAGGUGCAGUUGAAAAUAAUACUUUAAUGAUAAUAAUCCUUACUGGUUUACCUGCUCUGCUCUUUUUAACACCCCAUAUUUAAACUGGAUUUUUUUUCCCCACUGGGCCCUAAACUGAGUUGAAUUUUAAGAUGUUUAUCAAAUACCAUUACAGAAUUGGAAAGAAAAUUUGUUAGCAUGCACACCUGCUUUGCUAAUUUUGAGUCACAGUGUGCAUUGUAGGGUUCAUAAUAAGUUAGUGAACAUUUGUAACCUAAUACCAAAUCUUAAAGUCUUUAGAAAAUGAGCUUUUAAGUGUGCUUUUAUUGGAAUAAUGGAUCAUAAAUAAUGGUUCAUCACCUCCUUACCUAACACCCUCCUCAGAAAAUUAAAUUAACGUCUGGAAGGGUGUAUACUUCAAUAAGGGCUUCUUGAUCUUCCAUGAUAUUUGAAAGUUGAAAGUCGAAUUUGGUAACCAAAGGACUGCUUUAUGGGUCUUUUCCCACCUUACUGACAUUUUCUCAAACAGAUCAAUACCUAGUUCGCCAAGUACAGUGCCUGGUGUAUAGUAGGACUACGUAAAAGAAUGGAUUUUUAAAAAUAACUCCCGUAAAGUGAGUAGUCAAAAAUACUGUGUAGCAAACUACUAUAUAUUGCUAGGUUUGUUCUUUUUAACAGCUUGAAUUUAUUAAAGAUGCAUUAUUUUGAUUCUAAUCACUGCCUAAAACACUUUUGAGUGGUAUUGUUGGAGUGGUGGGUUUUCCUUCAAGUGGUUAAAUGAAAUUUGACAUACAUCUUUUCAUCCAAAGUUUUGUACAUCACGUUUUCUAAUGGAAAAAUGUUAAUAUGGUUCUUUUGUAUUACUAAAAAAUAGCUUUGAGAUUAAGGAAAAAUAAAUAACUCUUGUACAGUUCA